GCAGCCUCCGCGCCCUCCCUCUGCCCCAGCCCUUCAAAAGCUCGGGACCACCACGGAUCCCUCGGAACGGGGAGCGGGGAAAGGCGGGCGAAAAGAGAGGCAAAAGUGGCCCCGCGGCGGCGGAGGGUGAGGGCUUGGAGCGGAGCGGGGAAAUCAGGGAUACCCGGGGACAGGGGCGUGGGCAUCCUCAGUGCCACAUCAAUGUUUGCCGCCAACAGGCAGCGGGAAGGAGGCGGGAGGCAGCCCGGGGAUCCGAGGACGAUCCCGGCUCCCUGGUGAUGGCAUGGACCGGCCGCUGGUCCCGCAGCAGCGCUCAGCCCCGGCCCUGCCCCCGGCCAGCUGCCCCCAGGAGCUCAGGCGCGACGCUGAUGCGGAGCAGCUCGUAGCAACCCAGCCAUGGCUGGAGAUUCCCGGAUCUUCAUGAACCAGGACAUGGACAUCGGGGUCACAUCCCGGGAGCCCAAGAAGAUCCCCAAGCAGGCUCGGGAUGACGUCCCCAUCGCCACGGACAGGACCCGGCUCAUCUCCACCGAGGGCAAGAAGCCACGGCAGCGCUACAUGGAGAAGAGUGGCAAGUGCAACGUGCACCACGGCAACGUGCAGGAGACCUACCGGUACCUCAGCGACCUCUUCACCACCCUGGUGGACCUCAAGUGGCGCUUCAACCUGCUGGUCUUCACCAUGGUCUACACCAUCACCUGGCUGUUCUUUGGCUUCAUCUGGUGGCUCAUCGCCUACAUCCGRGGAGACCUGGACCACCUGGAAGAUGAGAACUGGAUCCCCUGCGUGGAAAACCUCAGCGGAUUCGUGUCRGCCUUCCUGUUCUCCAUCGAGACYGAGACCACCAUCGGCUACGGCCACAGGGUCAUCACAGAGAAGUGUCCUGAGGGCAUCGUGCUGCUGCUGGUCCAGGCCAUCCUGGGCUCCAUUGUCAAUGCCUUCAUGGUGGGAUGCAUGUUUGUCAAGAUCAGCCAACCAAAGAAGAGGGCGGAGACCCUCAUGUUCUCCAACAAUGCCGUCAUCUCCAUGAGGGACGAGAAGCUCUGCCUCAUGUUCCGCGUCGGGGACCUCCGCAAUUCCCACAUUGUCGAGGCCUCCAUCAGAGCCAAACUGAUAAAAUCCAAGCAGACCAAAGAAGGAGAGUUUAUUCCCCUGAACCAAACGGACAUCAAUGUGGGAUUUGACACUGGAGAUGACAGGUUGUUCCUAGUGUCCCCUCUCAUCAUCUCACACGAGAUCAAUGAAAAAAGCCCCUUCUGGGAGAUGUCCCGCACCCAGCUGGAGAAGGAGGAGUUUGAGAUUGUGGUCAUCCUGGAAGGAAUGGUGGAAGCCACAGGGAUGACCUGCCAGGCUCGCAGCUCCUAUAUGGACACCGAGGUGCUGUGGGGUCACCGCUUCACCCCCGUGCUCACCCUGGAGAAGGAUUUCUACGAGGUGGACUAUAACAGCUUCCACAGCACCUACGAGACCCACACGCCCGUGUGCUGCGCCAAGGAGCUGGCGCAGUCCCGCCGGGAGGGGCAGCUCCUCGGGCACCUGCCCGGGCCGGGCCGGGACACAGGGACAGCCAGGGGGGACGAGGAGGAGGAGGAGAAG